UUGUUGACAGGGACCAGCGGGGGCUGCGCAGUGACCACAGGAAGCGCUUUGGCAAAGGUUACACCCGGCAGCAUCAGCGACAGCCGGUCACAUCUCUAUGCCUCCGGCCCUUCACACACAAAACCUCUGAAGAUGUCCAGCGCUGCCUGCGGCCGCUUCAUGUACUUCGCGUUUGGGAGCAACCUGCUGAAGGAGAGACUGCAGCUGGCGAACCCGUCUGCGGUGUUCUGCACCACCGGCCGCCUCAAGGACUAUGAGCUGAACUUUGGCCUGUGGGAGCGACACGUGGACAACGCUUGGCACGGUGGAGUGGCCACCAUCGAGUUCUGUCCAGGCGCCGAGGUGUGGGGGGUGAUCUGGACUUUGAGCAACGAGCACCUGACGAGCUUAGACGACCAGGAGGGCGUGGGCCUGGGCCAGUACUCGCCGCUGGAGGUUUCUGUGGAGACCGACAGGGGACUGAUGCUGUGCAGGACUUACCAGAUGAACAAUUUCCAUGCCUGUCCUCCCUCCCCUCAGUAUAAACAGGUGGUGUGUCUGGGUGCAGAGCAGAACCGACUCCCACCAGAGUACCUGAAGAGGCUGGAGGUCAUCCAGACCAACAACUACAGUGGGCCUUCGCUGCUGGAUCAAAUCGGGACAGUUUCCAAGUAGAGAUUGAGGGAUCUCUUGGACUUGACGACAGCCUUAACAAGCUUAGCUGAAAAGGCGAAGAACACAAAAUGAAGUUUUUCCCCCUGGGUCUGCUGCUUCUGUCAACCUCACUUUACAUUGAUGAUAUAAAAGCAAAGCCGGACUUGUGUGAUAAUUAAAUGUAACAGAGGAGUUGUA